AUGAACGAAGAACAACAAUCUGAACUCGCUAAUAAAUUAAACAUGUUGGUGCAACAUUCGGGAUGGCGGUACAUGGACGACGUUAAAAUCGCAGUAACAUAUCGAGGUGAAAUCAUAAAUCCCAUUUCUGAAAUACUCGAAGCAAUAUCUUUAAAACGGAAGCCAGUUGACGAAUUCAACGUCCUGGAUCGACACGAGGAGAUUUGGACUGUGCUCAGUUUUGACAUCUUAUUAGGAGGUGAUGUCGCACCAACCAUACUGACUGGCACCCGCGUCGCAGGGCAUCCAUCAGAACCAACAGCCUUUGGUACCAUAUUUGGAUGGAUUUUGAUGGGACCAAUAUCACAAACAUCCAUCAAACCAGCUACCUCAUUGUUAGUGACCACAACCGAAACACUAGAACAAUCGCUAACACGGUUUUGGGAGAUGGAGGAGGCACCAAAGGUACACCACCUUAGUCCUGAAGAAGUUCAGGCGGAAACCAUCUUUACAUCUUCAAUACAACGCCUAGCCUCUGGACGGUUCAGUGUUGCCAUACCAUUCAAACAUCCCCGUCCAUUACUUGGAGAUUCCAAAUGUGGAGCGCUUAGAAGAUUUCAUGCUCUCGAUCGGCGUCUGUCUCAAGAUUCAAAUCUGGGCAGUCAAUACGCAGAUUUUAUGCGAGAUUACUUAGAAAGUAAACACAUGGAAGUGGUUCCUGCAAGCAAUAAAAUUACUCCGUAUUGCUAUUAUAUACCGCAUCAUUGUAUCCUUCGUCCGGAAAGUCAAACUACAAAACUUCGUGUAGUUUUCGACGCCUCAGCUCGAACUACCACUGGGCAGUCAUUGAAUUCCAGCGAGUAUUAUCAUUCAUGA